GCCCGGUGCCGCGGUGGGGCGGGCUGGGCGCGCAGUUCGAAGGCGCGGCGCGCGCGGGGGGAGCCUCGCGCGGACAGGUGGGCGAAAGCCUGAAGGGUUUGUCCUUAACCCGCGGGUACACGCUCGGGACGAGGAGAAACGAUAGUUCUGCCGUCACAGGCACUUUGAUUCUGAGAAAUGGAGAACAGCACUUAUAAAGUUUAUGAAGAUGAAAUUCAGCUGCUGGAAGAAGAGAUUAAACUGUUGGCUGAGAAGUAUGACGAUGUGAAACAGGAAUCCACCUUUUAUUCUAAUGAGGAGAUACUAACAUCAAUAAAAUUAUUCCAAAGAGAAUUUCAGGGAGAAUCUAAGGGACAAGAAUGUCCAUCAGACCUGAAAGCUCAACUUGAAAGCCUAGAGAGAGAGAUCUCAUUUUUAAUGAAGUUUACUGGUAUUCAGUUCACAAGUCAUUCCAAGAAAACACUGGAAAAAAAUGAAAACAGAACAGUGCAGAAGCACAGAUUAUCAGGGAAUUGCCACUCUCUGCCUUUUCAAUUGGAAUUUCAGCUUCUUGAAACACAGAACAAAGAGAAUGUGUCUGCUGUUAUUACUGAUCUCAGCAUUAUAAUGGAAUCUGGAGAACAUUCAGACUUAAGCAAGUUUGUGUCCAGCACUGAAGAACACGGAAAUCUGCUGCUGUUUUUCAGAAGCCUUUCAUCUUAUGCUGAGUGGUAUGAACAUCGUAGAUGCACAUUCUUACAUUUCAAGAUGUAUCUUAAAUACUCCAAACUAUCCAGCUGUUCUGAAAUGGACACAAGUACCCCACAAGCCAAAUAUCCUGACAUUGUAGCCCUUCCAGAAGGACAACUGGGAGAUUACAUAAUUCUAAGGAAUCCUAAACUCUCAGGGUUUGAAUUAAUGAUUGUCUGGAAGAUACAUAUAGAUGAAGAAGGGAGAACUACACCUGUCCUGGACCUUCUGACUAAAGUACCAGAGCAAGUCUUGGAGCAGAAAAUGGCACCUAUUGAAAAUGCACCUACCUGCUUCCGAAGCAUGCUGCUGUUGUUUGGAAUUGAGACAACUAUUGAGAAUCUGAUCAAAGUGACUGGCUUGGAAAAAUGAAUUCCAGCAUUGCUUAUAAGAGGUAGCAAUUUCAAAAGUAGUUUUAAUUAAGAUAUUGUGUUAUGCAGUCUAUAAUUUUAUUGAAUAUAAACAUUAAGUUAUUUUCCAUUUAGAAACCAUACUCAUAAAACAUGCUAUCUGUACAAUUAUGGCACGUUAUAUAUAAAUUGUCAUGACAUGAAAAUAAAUACAGCCAUUUAAAUACAAAAAUGCCAAAUAAAAUAGUUACAUGUA